AUCAAACGGUCCCCACCAAAAGAAAACGUAUUCCCGACCCAAGAAGAAGCUUUCAUGUCUGAUUAAAUUCACCUUACAUUAUUGUCCAAAAAUUAGAAAAAAAAAAAGAAAAAUAUCAAAGUUUCUCAUUUGUGUUCCAAAAUGGCUGCAGCCACGCUCUCCGUCCGGCCUAACCGUCUCUCUCCCGGCUCCCCUAUCCCUGGACUGCUGGCCCACGUCCCUAACCAUCCCCACCCUUGCUUAAAACCCUCAAAAUCUGAGCCGUGGAGAGUCGCAAAAAUUGUCCACACCCGGCGAACAUUGGCCGCUCAAGCCGGUUCACGAGCUGAUGACUCGGCUCCGUUCGAGAUGUCUGUUGAGAACGCGUUCAAGCUCCUCGGAGUCUCCGAAAGUGCUUCUUUUGAUGAUAUUCUUCGCGCCAAGAAUUCGAUUGUUGCCUCUAUUAAGGAUGACCAGGAAGCUAUUGCCCAGGUUGAGGCUGCAUAUGACAUGUUGCUUAUGCAGAGCUUAACUCAACGACGAGCAGGAAAAGUCAUGGACAGAAGCAUUCGAUAUGCAGACGUUAAACCAGUUAAUCCUCCUGGGGUGGGAUCAAUGCCUCAGUGGGUGCAAACAACUGUGAAAAAUUUGCCAGUUUCAGUUGGAACACCGUCUACGGGUGACUUGGGCAUACAGGCUGGAGUGUAUGGAGCUCUUAUGGUUCUGACUUACGUGAAUGGAGCUUCUACAUCCUCUGUGAUUCCUUACACUGGACCUGAGGUUCCUGGGUUUAUCUUAGCUAGUAGCUUUGGAGCUUCCUUGUAUUUCAUGACCAGAAAGAACGUGAAGUUAGGUAAGGCUACAUUAAUAACUAUAGGGGGGCUUGUUGCUGGUGCAGUGGUGGGAUCAGCUGUUGAAAACUGGUUGCAGGUAGACAUUGUCCCAUUUGUUGGAAUAAACUCACCGGGUACUGUAGUUAGUGAGUUUAUACUCUUCUCUCAAUUCUUGGUCUCUCUGUAUCUAAGGUAGGAAUAAGAGGAUGUUUUUGUAAUUUAAAUUGUACAACCUGUAAUUAUUCAUUUGCAUGAUCAUAACCAAGCUUUUUUAGGA